AUGACGAAAAAGCGCAUUUUUAAAAAUUUAAUUGAUUAAAUUAGUGAAAUAAUUUAUCAAAAAAAAUAGUGCCAACAAUCACACAACUGAACUUGAUAAUAAACCUCAAUCAAACGAUCCUAAAAUGAGUCAUGUGCAAGCGGUAACAGUUCUAGAAGCAUCGCAACAAUCAGACAAGAAACAUUUGGUAAAUAGUAAUAAUGUUAAUGGAAAAAUCAACAAUAUCACAAAGCGUAAUGCAUACAAAGAUACAAAUAAUAAUGAACAGCAGAUAACGAAAGAGUCAUUAAAUGUUACACCGACAGACAGUGAAGAGCCACAGGAAUAUUCGCUGUUAGGUCUUGUAACAUUUAAAUCACCAAUCAAAUGGCUCAACUCCGUCUCAAUCAUUCUCAUACAUCUCAUAUUUGUAUACGCAUUUUUGACAUAUCCACUACAAGGUGGAUUUAUUACGACCAUUUGGGGUUUUAUUGUGGGUGGAAUCGGAGGAUUUGGAGUCACAGGUGGAGCUCACAGAUUUUGGUGUCACCGAUCAUAUAAAGCUAAUGUUCCACUCAGAACUAUUCUUAUGCUUUGUUACUGCACGGCUGGACAGAAUACGCUUUACGAUUGGGUUCGAGAUCAUCGAGUUCAUCAUAAAUAUUCUGAGACUGAUGCUGAUCCGCAUAAUUCAAAUCGUGGAUUUUUCUUCGCUCACGUUGGUUGGUUGAUGCUACAGAAACAUCCACAAGUUCUCAAAAAAGGUCGCGCCAUUGAUAUGAGUGAUGUUUUAGCUGAUCCAGUAAUUCAAUUUCAUCAAAAGUACUUUAUUCCCUUGAAGAUCAUCUGUUGCUUUAUCAUUCCAACGAUUGUUCCAGUGUAUUUCUGGGGUGAAUCAUGGUACAUGGCAUUUAUGUCGCAAUCAGUUAUUCGCUACUUAUUCAGCUUGAAUUUCACAUGGUUGGUUAACUCUGCAGCACAUAUGUGGGGAUAUAAACCAUACGACAACAGAAUUAAUCCAGUCGAAAAUGUUGCUGUUGCAGUCGUUGCUAUGGGUGAAGGCUGGCACAAUUAUCAUCAUGUUUUCCCGUGGGAUUACAAAGCAGCUGAACUUGGUGACUACAAGCUUAAUAUCACAACAAUGUGGAUUGAUUUCUUUGCUAAAAUUGGAUGGGCUUGGGAUCUUAAGGAGCCAUCAUCAGAUUUAAUUAGAAGGACUGUUGAGAAGCAUGGUGAUGGAUCUCAUACAACAUACGGACAUUCAGAGAAUGUGUUCGCUAAUAAUGGUCCAAUUGAGGCAAUUGCUGCACCAGGCGAGCCAAAUCUGGGUUACUAA